AUGGUUAUUACGGUAGUAACUUCAUUUUUUCAUAUUUCAGAACCAAUUGUUCACCGUCUUAUAAGACGAAACCCUAGAACGACAUUUCCUAGUUUUCACGUAGUUUUUGAAACAUAUACGCCAAAUGAAGUAGCUACUCUCGCAGCCGAGGCAGAGAAGAAGAAACCUGAAGACCGGACAGAAAGAGAACGAAUCGCCAUCAUGGGAAAACCUAGAUUAGGCCCGACAAAUCGAGCCCAAAUCCGGAUCAAGGAGAGUAAAGAAUUUAAAAAAUAACGGAAAUGCAUUACCUCUAUGGCCUUGCCGACGGUAAAGGAGAGCAGGCCAGAUCGAUUUAUCACCAGACAUAUCCCGAUCGUGCUUUGCCAGAUAGUCGAACCUUUUCUAAUAUUCAUCGUCGUCUUGUUGAAACU